UCAGGUGCAGCUUGGAUCGGACCGGUCAUUUCUUUCCACCGUGCGGGAUUCUAUCAGGAGAGGCGCUCACAGUCACAUCCACAUACACACACACGAGGCAGGAGCACCAACACACCGAAGGCCAAAAUGAUUGUAACCAUGUUAACAGCCAUGUAUAUGAUGGUGAAAGCCGCAGAACAGUUGGGGGUCCGGUGGGGGAAGGAGCCAGAGCCGCUGCCCUACAUGCUUUCGCAGCCCAUCCCCUGGCAGAUACACUCAGUGUCCAACAGCCGCAGAGGCAGCCGUGCAGAGGAGAGGAGGAACAGCUUGUACAGGAAGAACUCCGGCUGCAGUAACGGUGGGUGCCCUCCCACCAGUCCUGCUCCCGACUCCAACUGCAGCAACGGCGGGUGCCCGCCCACCAGUCCUGAAACGGUGAGAGCGGCCGCCACCAUCCAGAAGGAGUACAGGAAAUACCAGCAGAAGAAGAAGGAUGCCAACUAGUGGAGUGCAGAAGGAGCCUGGUGCCCUCUCUCUCUCUCUCUCUCUCUCUCUCUCUCUCU